CUGGGGGAACUGGCGGCGGCGUCUGCAGGGGAGCGGUAAGGGCGGAAGGGGACGCGGAGCGGUCGCGUGCGCGGAGGGCUGCUCUGGGCGCCGGGCGGUUGCGGCGGGCGCUCAGGGGCCCUGGAAACAAUGGCGCUGUGCGCGCGGGCCGCGCUGCUGCUGGGCGUGCUGCAGGUGCUGGCGCUGCUAGGGGCCGCGAUGGAUCCGACCGACGCUCAGGGCUCUCCAAGUGGAAACCACUCUGUGCUGACCUCCAAUGUUAACAUAACAGAGAAUACCAACCAGACCAUGCGUAUGGUUUCCAACCAAACCAGUGAAAUGCAGAGCACCGUGAAGCCUUCAAUACUGCCAAAAACGACCACAGUUACCACUGUGAAACCUGCAACUAUUGUUAAAAUAUCAACCCCAGGAGUCUCACCGCAUGUGACUCCUACCGCCUCAAAGUCUACACCCAAAGCGAGUGCUUCUCCAAACUCUACCCAGACGUCAGCAUCCAUGACAACCACAGCCCACAGUAGUUUAUUGACAACUGUAACGGUUUCAGCAACUACUCAUCCCACGAAAAACAAAGGACCAAAGUUUGACACUGGCAGCUUUGUUGGUGGUAUAGUGUUAACACUGGGAGUUUUAUCUGUCCUCUACAUUGGAUGCAAAAUGUAUUAUUCAAGAAGAGGCAUUCGGUACCGAAGCAUUGACGAACAUGAUGCCAUCAUUUAAAGUACUUCAGUGGUCAAGGAAAGAAGAAAGACUGCAGCCUUAUCAAUUAUUUUGGUUUAUAUUAGUUUAAACUUAUUUUCUUGGAAGUAGUAUAAACAAGUCAUGCAUAUAAUGAACAGUGUAUUCCAUGAAUAUAUGGAAAUUUCUCAUUACUAUAGUUAAAGGGUAGAGUCUGGGUAAAAUGAAUAUUUGGAGCUAACAGCUAAUUUAUCCAGUGAUUCUAUUUCCUUCAGUAAGUCAUAGCAAGACAAGUCCUAUCUUUUGGAGUAUGUGCAUGGCAAUGAUUGGUCAUGUAGGACCAGCAUCACUGAGGAGCAGGCCCCAUCUGGCAUACAGCUGAGGAGCCUGUCACAGCAUUCCCCAUCUCAGUAUCGUCACUGCUCACAUAAAGCAUUUGAGUGCUAGUCAGAGCUAGAUGAUCCUAAUCCUGCCUUAGGUUCCAUGGUUGAGCUAACCAGCUUUCAAGCACAGUUGAAGGAAGUUUCAGUAUUUUAGGGUUUAGAUUGGAGUUCAUCUAGAAGUAGAACUUGCACUCCAAAUACAGCCCCCACGACCACCCGUGUUCCUAUGCUAAUGGCCACCGAGCACUGGGAGCUCAGACUUGGGUCAUCAUGGUAUUUUCUUCCUUUGAAGACUGCUGUCAUGGUGCUGUGGAAACCUGUCCCACCAUUGGGAGCUGCUUUUCACAGUCACUUGUCAGUUGAGUUUUAGUGAAUGUCUUUUAGGCAAUGUGGAACUGCUUCCCAUAGCUAGAAUUUUUUAAUGGAAUGCAGAAAUGCCAUUUAUAAAAAGCUCCAUGGUAUGAUGUCCCAGCCAGUGUUUAGAAGUCUAUAUUGACCAGCACCCUGCUUGUUAAGCCAGGAAUUGUAAAGCCCAGGCCUUUGAACCCACAGGGUACAAAUGCUGUAUUUUUGUACACUGUCAACUUAGUCAGAUUUGAGAAAAUGACUUUUUUAUACUAAAGUGUAUUUUGGUGAAUUCUGGUUUCCUUAUCCCCAAGCCCACUCCUUACCCUUGGAAAGAGAGCUGCAUCCUGGUAUUUCCAGGGAAGCAGCCUCAGGCCUCGAGCAGCCACGCUCUCUGUGGCAGUGUAAGCUCUAAAGUUGAUACUCAGGUCAAACUCAGGGCCGGGUUUAACAAAGAAAGUGUUUAGUUACAAAAUACUAAUAUAGUAUGUCUAUUGUAGAAGGACAAAGUGAAUUAUAGCAAUUUCUAAAUGUGUAGAAAUAAGCCAAAAAUAUCUGAAUGAGCACACAUCUAUGUUACAAUUAUAAAUGUAAGUAUAACUUUUGUAAUCUGCUUCUGGUAUUCAAAACAACACAAACUACCAAGAAUUUUUUUAUAUAUAAGAAUCAUUUCUACCUGCUUUCUAUCGGGUCCAACUGACAUGGCGCAGCAUGGACUGCUCAGAUUAGGUUAAUAGAGAGAUGCUAGGAAAUGGACCAUGGAGUUAGACUAGCUUCAGAUGAGGGCUGCUGUGGGAAAACCACACUUCUCACUGGCUUGCAGCCACUGCUCUGCUUUCUGUGUGAAAUACAGUUCAGAGCCUGGGGGGCAAUGAGGGUGGUGAAAGCUUAACUUGGUUUGUCUGCUACAUUCUUGGUACUUGAGUACCUGCCGGAGAUCCUCUUGAAUAUUUGUUUGUCUAGCACUGUGGAGCUAUAAACCACUUUAUAAAGGUUGGAGCUAUAAACCACUUUAUAAAGCACCGUCAUUAUUUGCCUCUUACAUUUCCACUGAGUUGGGGGCUAAAAGUAAUUUACUUAAUAUCCUUACUAAUUUGUUACUUUCAAAUGCCAGGGCUUUUGUUGAAGAGACUUCGUUUUAAUCUAUAAAACUUGAGUGUGUUUGCUAAGCGUUAAGUCGUCCUCCAAGUCUGACUUAAGCAAGUGCUUACCUUUCCUAGCUUUCCUAGAGAAUGUGUUUAUAAAGAUAAAACAUUGAGUAAAUCCAGAGAAAGACUAACUCAAAUAUGACAGUUGGCAACAUAUUUUAUGGUGUGGUAAUUUUGUAUCUUGAGGAGAAAGACUAAAGCAAACCCUUAUUGCCCUUUUUCUAUUGUAAUGACCAAUUUUGGUAUUUCAUUGUUACUAAGAUCUAUUUUUAGAAUAAAAUUUGUUCUC